UUACCUCAUCAACCAUCAUGUUGAGAAGCUGGAGCUUGGGAGUGAGAGACCCCUUCUCUCCAACAACACUCCUUGGCUGUGCUGCAGAGUUCAUCGGGACGUUCCUGUUCGUAUUCCUCGGAUGCGGAUCUGUCGUGUCCUCGGGAAUCGUGGAUGACCAGCUUAACUCUGCCCGGCUUCUCGUUAUAGCCAUCGCGCAUGGCUUCGCGAUCGCUAUCCUCGUAGCCGCAACCGCUGGAGUUUCUGGAGGCCACCUUAACCCGGCUGUCUCGUUCGGCUUCAUGAUGAGCGGCAACAUGAGCAUCAUCAAAGGUCUCAUGUAUUGGAUCUCUCAGCUGGCAGGAGCAGUGCUCGGUGCCGGAUUCUACCGCGAGUUUCCAUCUGCCAUCGCCGGACACUUUGGAGCUCAUGCUGUUAAUUCCAAGUUCACAGUGAUCGAAGCCUUCGGACUGGAAGCGCUGCUCACCUUCGUGCUUGUAUACGUUAUCUUUGGAACCGCGGUGGACAAAACAGGCCCCUCGACUAUAGCGCCCCUCACAAUUGGCAUGGCGGUACUUGUUGACCACCUCGUUGGGGUGCCCGUCACUGGAGCAUCGAUGAACCCGGCAAGAUCACUUGGAGCAGCACUGUGGUCGGGGCAGUGGAAGAACCAUUGGAUUUACUGGGCCGCGCCGCUGCUGGGAGCGACGGCAGCCGCUCUUAUCUACACUGCCCUCUUCCUGCCAACAGUCUCGUCCACACAGAAGCAAUCAACCAACGAUCUCAUCAAGAACAUCAAGAACGAGAAACACACAGAAGCGGUGGUUUAGAAAGCCCAAGCUCAUAUAUAUUGACAUAGCUUACAACUUACAGGGUAGAAUUUCAAGCCAGGUACUUCCGCAAUCUACUUAGAGUUAUAGCUCCAGCUCCAAAGCCUUCCAGUGUUGCUCUAGCAAGGGGAAACUCCGCUCUAGCCGUUAGACUGUAUGACAAAAACUCAUUCUGUUUGGAUGGAAAGAACUUUAAAGCACAAA